AUGUCAAGUUAUAAAGCGGGAACACAUGACAAUUAUAAGAAGAAUUUCAUAACGCAAACCAAAUUAGUUUUGAAACAAGAAUUUAGUAAGAGUCGUGUGAAACAUGAACAAUAUAAACAUAAAAUAGUAACAGCAUACAACGAGUACACUGAUUACAUUGCGUCAUAUUUUGAUACAUUUGAUGAUAAAACAGACGUGACUAAUGAAAUAAAUGAUUUACGCGACAAAUUAAGAAGGUGUUAUGAUGCUUUGAAGAUAAAAAAUGCUCUGCCUUCUCAAUUGUUAGACCAAGUUGACAUAAGAGAAUUACCGAAAUUGGAUGAACCUACUGAUGAUAGUUUGAGCGAUUUAUCUACUGCUCCGAUUGCAAGUGAUCCAACUAAUUCUCCGAUUGUGAGUGAUCCAAAUACGCCAAUUGUAACUGAAAAAGUUGCUGAUGAAGCCAAUAAAACGGAGUCACAGUUAACUCUUUCGACUGAAAUUCUGAUCGGUUCACCAAAAGAAGAAAAAACUCCAACCGUUCCAAAAACACUCGCUUCGGGUUCGGGUGUUAAUUCCAAUAAAUCGAACAAUAACAUUCCAUUGUCACAAAGUAAUACACAGAAAAUCAAAAUGGAAGCACAUAGUUUUAUUGCCUUGUGUGCAAAGCAAUUGCACAACACUUAUUCCGGCGAUCCACUUGAAUUGAAUGCUUUCAUCAAUUCGAUCAAUCUUUUGAAAACACUUGGACCAACUCAUCUUGAGCUUUUGAAAACAUUUGUUUUGACAAAACUCAGUGGAAAAGCCUUGGAGAGCAUUCCAGCUAACCCAGCUGAUGUUGAUGCAAUCAUUACCGCAUUGCGUGAAAAUAUUAAGCUCGACAGUUCGAAAGUCGUCGAGGGUAAAAUGAUGGCACUCAAAUUAGACAACGCCAAAACAAGCGAAUUCACAAAGGAGGCUGAAAAACUGGCCGAAUCUUUGCAAAGAAGUUUGAUUGUUGAGGGCAUUCCUCAAGCCAAAGCUAAAUCAAUGGCUGUCGAAAAAACCGUUGAAAUGUGCCGUCAGACUGCGAAAUCCAAUUUGGUACGUUCUGUUAUGGCAUCAACUUCAUUCUCCGAUCCUCAAGAAGUGGUUGCUAAAUUUGUUGUUGAAAGCGCCACUGACAUCAGAGAAAAGCAAAUUUUCAAGUUUUCUCAAUUUCAACAGAAUGCCAAUCGCGGUGGCUACCGAAAUAAUAACAAUUUCCGUGGUAGAGGCAACCAGCGACAAAACCAAAAUCGAAAUUUCAACAAUUUCAACAAUCAAAACAAUGGCCAACCGUGGAAUAAUUUCCGUGGCAAUCGACGUGGUCGUGGUCGCGGGCGCGGUCGAUACAAUAAUUAUGGUAAUAACUUCAACCAAAACAACCAAAACGACCGUUUCACCGUGCGUGUCGCCAGUUCGGAAAACUCGCAGGCCCCGUCGGGAGACCGGCGGGUACAGGAAGGUCAAAUAGUGACAUUCCAAAGGGUCAAUCAAAAUUAA